AUGGAAAUUGUGCCAGCUGAAUCCAUCAUCAGACGUAGAGCAGACGAAGUGGCUGAAUGGUUACAUUCUGUCAUUGAUAUAGCUGGCCCUCCUCCUAGUACAACAUCAGUUAAUCCAACACCGCGUGUGGAGGAGUACAAAAUAAGAACAAUUCCCUCUACGCUUUUUAAUAGUACUAGUGGGGGAGAUUAUGCCAAGUACUAUGAGCCCCAUGUGGUUUCCAUUGGUCCAAUACACCAUGGAAAACCUCAUCUUCAAGCCAUGGAGAAGUUCAAACGGGAAGUAGUGAGGGAAACGGUUGGACGUGUAGGCAUACCCAUUGCGGAAGUGUAUGCAGCUGUUGAAAAGGACUUGCUCAGCGCUCGGAAUUGUUACUCUCCUAGUCCUUCCGAAUGUUAUGCUGACGACCGUGACUGGUGUCUGAUGUUGUUCCUUGACGGCUGCUUUAUUAUUGAAUUCCUCUCCAAUGAAGAUAGAAUUACUAGUGGUAGCAGGAGCACGCUGAAUAUGAAGAAACAUUAUCGAGAUUUGGUGUGUCGUGACCUUUUAUUGUUCGAAAAUCAAUUGCCUUUCCAGAUUCUACAUGUGUUAGCACGCGCAUUUGCAUUUACUGAGGAUCAUUUGCUAGACCUUACCGGGCGUUUCCUCUUUAACCAUUUGUUAACAAUAUCCCCUUAUACUUCAUUUAUUGGUUAUGUAGAGUACGGUUACUUUAGAAAAAUCAUGACGGACCCGGCCACUCCAACUCCUGCUCAUCUUCUUCAAAAUUUUAGAGACCUAUGGAUUCCUUCUUAUUUUAGAGAAGAAGAAGAAGAUGGUGCUAUUUUUGAACCUUUAUCAGUCACAGAGCUGAAGAAAAUGGGUAUUCGUUGCAGUUGUUCAAACAAACAACAAUAUUUUGGCUCAUCAGUCAUCCAGCUUAAAUCAUUUGUGUUAUCAGGAACGUUGUUCCUUCCUCGACUAGUUAUCAACGAAUGGACCAAGACCCUGUUAUUAAACCUAGUCGCUUUUGAAUUUUUAUGCAGCGAACAAGAUAAAACCAUAGGGGUCUGGUCUUACUUGAAUCUCAUGAAUAUGUUGAUUAAAGGAGAGGAAGAUGUUAAGGAGCUGCGAGCCAGGGGCAUUCUUCAGCUCAAAUCCAUUAGUAGUGACCAAGAAGUGGUUUACCUCUUGAGAGAUACAACAACACGUGCAGCGCCUAAUCAUCGAGCUUACUGGCAAGUCGAGCGAUAUAUUUUUACUUACUCCAAAAGUAAAAUGUUCCCUCUACGAGUUCUCUUUGCUGAACUUAAGCAUAGGUACUUUCGUGGUCCCUGGAGUUUUCUGCUGUUUCUUGCUGUUCUCUUCACUGUCAGUAUGACUGUAAUUCAGACCGUCCUCACAGCAAUUCAGACUUAUAAAUAG